AUGGUGGCUACCAAAGCGGCACCAGGCAUCUAUGAUGCGGCUCUCCUUCGUCGUCAAGCCCUCAUGGGCUCUAGUGGACCGCUGGCGCUGGUGAAGAACUUUAGGGUAUUUCUUAUUGCUUUAUUUGCCUGCGUGGGUGGACUCCUUUACGGUUACAACCAAGGAGUCUUCUCAGGUGUCUUAACUAUGCCAGCCUUCCAGAAUCACAUGGGAAAUUAUGAUUCAACAAGACCCCAAGAUCAGUCUCGCAAAGGAUGGCUGACAUCGAUCCUCGAACUCGGUGCUUGGGUCGGCACACUUCUUUCUGGCUUCAUGGCCGAAACUGCAUCAAGGAAGUACGGGAUCUUGAUAGCUACGGCCGUUUUCAUUUUGGGUGUUGUCAUCCAAUCUACCGCUAUCUCCGCCGGCCACAAUUCCAUCCUCAGUGGACGAUUCAUCACAGGAAUGGGCGUCGGCUCCCUGUCAAUGAUAGUCCCUAUGUACAACGCCGAAGUGGCUCCUCCAGAGGUUCGUGGCUCCCUAAUUGCACUCCAGCAACUCGCCAUCUGUUUCGGAAUCAUGAUCUCCUUCUGGAUCGACUACGGCACCAAUUACAUUGGCGGAACCGGCUCUACGCAAUCCGAAGCCGCAUGGCUACUCCCUAUCUGUUUACAAUUGUUUCCGGCAGUGGUCUUGUUCGCGGGAAUUUUAUUCAUGCCUUUCAGUCCGAGAUGGUUGGUACAUCAUGACCGAGAAGACGAAGCGAGGAAAGUUCUCGCAAAACUCCGAGGGUUACCACUGGAUCACGAACUCGUCGAGUUGGAGUUCUUGGAGAUCAAAGCGCAGUCCCUCUUCGAGAAACGGACGGUGGCUGAGCACUGGCCUGCUCUGCGCGAACUCACGGCUUGGAACACCUUCAAGUUGCAGUUUGUGGCUAUUGGGAGUUUGUUCCGGACCAAGGCUAUGUUUAGACGUGUUAUUGUGGCAACUGUGACAAUGUUUUUCCAACAAUGGUCGGGCGUGAAUGCUAUACUCUACUACGCUCCUUCCAUCUUUGCAUCUCUCGGCCUCUCCUCCAACACUAUCUCGCUCCUUGCCACCGGGGUAGUCGGCAUCGUCAUGUUUCUUGCGACCAUUCCCUCUGUGUUGUACAUCGACAAAAUAGGCCGCAAACCGAUACUCACAGUCGGCGCAAUCGGUAUGGCGACCUGCCAUAUCAUUAUCUCCAUCAUCGUAGCUAGGGACCAGCAUUCGUGGGGAACUCACAAAGGCGCAGGCUGGGCGGCUGUCGCUAUGGGACCAUGCGCGUGGGUCAUUGUCGCGGAGAUCUGGCCGCUUUCCAACAGACCUUAUGGAAUCGCUUUAGGUGCAUCUAGUAACUGGAUGAACAAUUUCAUCGUUGGUCAAGUAACGCCAGAUAUGUUCUCCGGUAUCACCUAUGGCACCUAUCUCGUCUUUGGUAUCCUUACCUACAUGGGCGCCGCCUUCGUCUGGUUCUUCGUCCCAGAGACGAAACGCCUCACGCUAGAAGAGAUGGAUGUUAUCUUCGGCAGCCAGGGAACCGCCGAAGCGGAUCUCGAGCGCAUGCGUGAUAUCAAUCGUGAGAUAGGCUUGGACGCUCUCCUGACUGGCAUCGGGGGAGCUGAAGGUGGCGGCGAAAAGAAGCAGGAGGGAAAGGAGACACAUGUAUUUGAGGAAGAGGAGAAGAGGGAGAUGGUCGAGGGAAAUCUCCAUGUCGAGCGAAAUGACGAGAAGGGUAUGACAUUGGAUAAUUGA